UGUGGGUCACCACCGGCACGUUAACCGACGUUAAACCGUUAAACCCGGAGGAAGCAGGAACACACGGGGCGGCUUGUGAGCAGCAAUCACGGCUGUAAACGGGCUGUGUUCACCGGGACAGAAGAUCCUCCAGGACUGCACCGGGGAUUCGUCACUCUUAGAGCCGGGACUGGAGCUCUGUCUGCCGGGGAGAGGCGCUGCCUGCCGCGGUGUGUGUGUGUGUGUGUCCGGAGGCCGGCUGAGGGGAAGAUGGAGACCCCAGUGUGAACACCUCAGCUAAGUUAGUCAAAGCUCUUCUGGGUCGGCUACACUCAGAAACAUCCGGAACCAUGGAUCAGACACUGUUUAAUUUAUCAGGCAACGGGCGCAUCGUCGCCGGCCUGCUGGUCAACCUGCUGUCCUCCAUCUGCAUCGUCUUCAUCAACAAAUGGAUCUACGUACACUACGGCUUCCCCAACAUGACGCUGACCCUGGUUCACUUCGUGAUCACCUGGCUGGGACUCUACAUCUGUCAAAAGAUGGACAUCUUCUCUCCAAAGAGCCUCCCGGUGCGCAGGAUCGUGUGGCUGGCUCUGAGCUUCUGUGGGUUCGUGGCCUUCACCAACCUUUCCCUGCAGAACAACUCCAUAGGCACGUACCAGCUGGCUAAAGCCAUGACCACGCCCGUCAUCAUCCUCAUCCAGACCACCUACUACAAGAAGACCUUCUCCACCAAGAUCAAACUGACACUGGUGCCCAUCACGUUAGGGGUGAUCCUGAACUCGUACUUUGACGUGCGGUUCAACCUGCUGGGGACGGUGUUUGCAUCGCUGGGUGUUCUGGUGACGUCACUUUACCAAGUGUGGGUUGGGGCUAAACAACAUGAGCUCCAGGUGAACUCCAUGCAGCUUCUGUACUAUCAGGCUCCUCUGUCCUCAGGCUUCCUGCUCUGUGUCGUCCCUCUGUUUGAACCGCUGACUGGAGACGGAGGAAUAUUUGGACCCUGGUCUCUGCCUGCUCUGGUCAGACUCCACAUUACUACUUAAACCUAUGAACAUCUGGCUCCAGGCUGUUAUUGGGUGUUAACAGGUCUGUCAGGGUCCAGCUACAACAUGUUUGGUCAUUUUAAAUUCUGCAUCACUCUGAUUGGAGGAUACCUGCUCUUCCAUGACCCGCUGUCACUGAACCAGGCGUUUGGGAUCCUCUGCACUCUGGCGGGCAUCCUGUCCUACACUCACUUCAAGCUGGCUGAGCAGGAGGAGGGGAAGAGUCGGCUGGCUCAGAGACCGUAGGCUGGUUCACCUGUCAGUCACCUGCACAGACUCCUGACCGGCCGCCGGCUGCACAGACCUCUUUAUAUAUUUUUAUAUUGCUAUGAGUACUUUUCAGGAGAGUAAAGAUUGUCGUCAUGGUUCACCGACACGCCGGCGCAUCGUUGGCUCUUCGCUCUCCUCCCUGCGGCGGCUGCAGCAUGAAAAGCUUUGAUAAUUAAAUAUUAAACCACCUUUGUCUCAUCCAAAGCAGAUAUAAGAACACUUUAUCAAACAGCUGUCACUCAGACUGACGCAGGAGGGGUUGUGCUGUUUGUGGCGAGCCGUUAACGGACUGGACUACAGGUUUGUGUCAUCACAGGGUGGGCGGAGUUACAGGACAGACUGUUCAAGAGCCUUCGAACAAAGCAUCAAACCUUCAUCUGCUGCUGGACGCACACGCUGCCGUCGCAACAAUAUAAUAAUGAUUAACCCUUUGAAUCCUGGAGCGAUGUCACUUUACGGCUUUCAUGAAUAUUGAACCCUGAGGGAAUCGAUUACUUUCAGAAACAUGGGGAAAAAUAGCAACGAGCAACUUGGUGAGAACUGCCCGAAAAAUUGCAAAAAAUUAAUAGAUUUAGAAAUUUAAAAAAUAACUAGGGAAAAGCUUUAUUUAUAAUUAUUAUUAUUACAUUUUAAAAUUAUUUUACAGAAUUGUUUUAAAUUUUUUAAACUUUUUUCAACUAAUUUUCUUGUUUUUCAUUUUUUAUUAAUGUCUUGCAAAUUUUUUGGGUAAUUUCGUCUUUCGUUUGUUGCUCAUUGCUUCUUCCAAUAUUUUUGAAAAACAUGCCAGUUUGCUCGGGUUUCAGAGGGUUAAUAAAAUGCGAGCACAAAAUGUUUCAACGCGGUACUUCAUCCUCAGUGUCUGUACUUUUUUGAUACCACGUGUUUAAAAUAAAACAAUCUCUGUGAACUCU